UAUAGACGAAAAGCUGGAUGAAGUCAGUGCGUUGGAUAUAUUGAUUGAGUUUAAUAAUAAUUGAUUACUGGCCGCACAAGAGGACAAAUUAGUCUCAUGACCGAAGAGUCUCGGGGGUGAAGGUCACAUAAUGGCAACUACAGGAACUGAUGAUAUGAAACCACUGACACGCAGUUCCAGCAAUGAAUUCCUGCCACCUUACAUGUCCGAGCUGAGGGUGGUUCUGCUGGGGAACAAAUGGUCAGAGAUGAGAGCAGUGGGGAACAUGAUACUGAGACAGGAGAAGUUCUGUACUGAAAAAGCAGCAGACUGCUGUGUGGAAUUCAGGACACCCUUCAAGGAAAAACAAAUAGCUGUCAUUAACACCCCAGACCUGUUGCUUCCCAAUAUUUCUGAUGCCAAACUGAAGAAGCAUGUAGAAACCUGUGUGAGGCUCUCUGCUCCUGGACCUCACGUGUUCCUGUUGGUUCUACAGCCCGAAGACUUCACUGAGGAGCAAAAACAGAGGCUCUGCAAAGUCCUUGAAGAAUUCAGUGAUCAAUCAUUUGAUCAUUCAUUGGUUUUGAAAUCAACUCCCAGAGAGAAGAGCUCAGCUUUCAUGAAAGAAGAUCAACCUUUAAAGGACUUUAUCAGAAAAUGCAAAUACAGACAUUUGAAGCUGAAGAACCUUAAACGUGCAGAGCUGCUAACACGCUUGGUUCAAAUUGCAAAAGAGAACAAUGGACACCUGGUCUGGGAUGUAUUUGAGGAUGCAGCAACAGGUUUGACUUUGGAUCAGGAAAACCUCAUACAAGAAAAUACAUCAACCUUUCCAUUUGGUCCAACAAAGGAAAAUGAACUCAAUGCUCCCAUUGAAUAUUCCCAACAGUCACAUGGACUCAGAAUUGUGAUAUUUGGAAAAAAAGGGGACAAAAAGAAAAUGCUCUGCCAAUUCAUCAUGCAGAAAAAACAAUUUCAGUUCUUUAAAUUCAACCCAAACACGCAAUGUGAGAUGGCUCACGGAGAAUGGAAAAGUAAACCAGUAACAGUGGUGAAAACCCCAAACAUGUUUGGUAUGACUGUGAAAGCAAUUAUUGAAGAGAUGAGAAGCUGUGUGACUCUUUCCCUUCCUGGACCAAACGUUUUGCUGCUGUUAGGGAAACCUUCUGAUUUCACUGAAGAGAACAGAAGAACUCUGAAGGUCAUCCUGAGUUUGUUUGAUAAAAAUGCCUUUAAACACUCGAUGGUCAUCAACACACAUGAAAAUCAAAUGAGUUCCUGUGUGAGUGAACUCCUCAGGGACUGUGGAGGAAGACUCUACAACAUGUUUGAGGGAGACCACAAACAGUUAAUGGCGAAGAUUGAGGACAUUGUGAAUGAAAAUAAAGGAAAAUUCCUCACGAUCAAUGAAGAGACCACACAACUGAAGUCUGAACUCAUCAAGCCAGCGCUAAACCUGGUUCUGUGUGGGAGGAGAGGAGCAGGGAAGACGUCAGCAGCCAAGGCCAUUUUAGGUCAGACAGAGCUUCAUUCAGUCUCCAACUCAUCAGAGUGUGUUAAACAUCAGGGAGAGGUGUGUGGACGUUGGGUUUCCCUGGUGGAGCUGCCUGCCUUGUAUGAAAAUCCUCAGGAGGCAGCAGUGAUGGAGGAAUCACUCAGGUGUAUCUCCCUCUGUGAUCCUGAGGGUGUCCAUGCCUUCAUCCUGGUCCUACCUGUGGCUCCCCUCACUGAUGAAGACAAGGGAGAGUUAGAGACCAUCCAGAACACAUUCAGCUCUCGAAUCAAUGACUUCACCAUGAUUCUGUUCACUGUGGACUCAGGUCCUACAGAUCCAGCUGUUGGUAACUUUCCAGAAGACAAGAAGGACAUCCAGGAGCUCUGUGAGAGCUGUGGAGGAAGAUCUGUUGUUCUCAACAUUAAUGACAAACAGCAGAACCCACAGCUGGUCCAGGCUGUGGAAAAGGUGAGAGAUAAAGGACCCAAAUCCUUCACAAAAGACAUGUUCAUAUUAGCUCAGAUGGAGAGAGUGGUAGAACAGAAAAACAUUAACACAAGACUUAAAGCUGAAAUGGAUUUAAGAAAAAAAGGGGCCAUGUGUGUUGAUGAUAGAAAUCAGAACAGGGAAUGUCUCAGGAUGGUUCUGAUUGGAAAGACUGGCAGUGGGAAGAGCGCAACUGGAAACACCAUUCUGGGGAAAGAACAUUUUAAAUCUAAGUCCAGCGGGAGGUCUGUGACAAAGUUCUGUGAGAAAGAAGAAGGAGAGGUUGAUGGACGUCCUGUUGCCGUGGUCGACACCCCCGGUCUGUUUGACACGAGUCUGUCCAAUGAUGAAGUUGAACAAGAGCUCGUUAAAUGCAUCGCCAUGUUGGCUCCUGGACCUCAUGUAAUCUUACUGGUGCUAUCAAUCGGCAGGUUUACAAAGGAAGAAAAAGAAACUGUUGAACUGAUCAAGAAAUACUUUGGGAAAAAUUCACAACAUUUCAUCAUCGUUACAUUUACCAGGAAAGAUGAACUGAAAGGUCAAACCUUUGAGAGUUACAUAGAAGAAGAUUGUGAAGAAUUUGUACAAAAACUGAUUCACGAUUGUGGAGGCAGAUGUCAUGUCUUUAAUAAUAAUGAUGCAAAGAAUCGGGCUCAGGUCAGUGAGCUGCUGACAAAGAUUGAGGUAAUGGUGCACGAAAAUGGAGGCAGCUGCUACACCAGUGAGAUGUUCCAAGAGGCUGAGGUGGCAAUAAAGAAGGAAGUGGAAAGGAUCCUAAAAGAGAAGGAAGAGGAGAUGAAGAGACAGAAAGAAGAGCUUAAACAAAAACAUGAGGAACAAAUAAAAGCAAUGGAAAAAAGAAUGAAAGAACAGAGAGCUGAAACUGAACAGCAGAGAAAACUGAUAGAAAAACAACUUAAAAUAAUGGAGGAUGAACGUGAACAGAGAAAAAGAGAACAGGAAAGCCGAGAAGCAGAGGACCGCCAAAGGAAAAUACAAGAUGAACUUCAACAACAAGAGUUGGAACAAAAGCGUAUAGAUCUGGAGAAAAAACUAAAGGCAGAAUCAAAGGAAAAGGAAAUGACUGACCGACAGCUGGAACAAAGCAGAGAGGAGAUGAGAAACCAACGAGAGAAGUGGGAAAAGGAAAGGAGUGAGUGGUGGGACAAACGACAUCAAGAAAAUGAAGAGAAACAAGCAAAACUUACAAAACUGCAAGAAGAAUAUGAACAGGAAAGAGAAAAAUAUAUAAAGAAGAGAAAAGAAGAGGAUCGAAUGAGAAGAGAUCAAGAGGAGAGAGAGCGGAAAGAACUGGAGGAAAACUAUAAGAAAAAACUGCAAGAAAUAAAGACGAAAUAUGAAGAAGAAGCCAGAAAACAGGCUGAAGAGUUCAACGAGUUCAGACAGAAAUACACCAAAGACUUUACAGCUCUGGUAGAAAAACACAUGGAGGAAAUAAAAGAACUGAAACAACAACAUGAGAGAGAAAUGCAGCAGACAGAAGUGAGACACAGUAAAGAUUACAAACAGUUGGAUGAACUCUCCACUCAAAAAGAAAAAUCUCUCAAAGAACAAAUUAAGGACUUGAAGAACAAGCAUGAGGAAGAAAUAAAGGCUCUAAAAAAGAAUUAUGAGAGCAGCUGUAUUAUCCUCUGAUCAUGAACAUGAUAGCCCUUCAGUACUUUUUCAUAAUUUUUUUCCAACUUUUUUUCCAAUAUUUUGGAGAUUGAUUCAAAUGUACAGGACUCCAUGUUCUUGACAAGUCUGGCUAAAUAUUUAGAUUAUGCACAGUUAAUAAGACUAAUAAGAAUGUACAUCUGCAGUAUGUGUGAUAUUGGCAUGGUAAAUUCUUUGAUGUACAAUAUUUAAUAUGCAGUAAAAUGGUCCCUCUCUUUCAUAAUCAAUUUUCUCGUCAUUUGGAGACUGAAAUAAAAACAGAAUUAAAAUGUCCAUAAGUUCUUUAUGUCAUAUCAAAUUUUACUCUAAUAAAAUAUCU